AUGAAAACAAAGUUUGGAGUCAACAUCACUCUCCUUAGAGGAAACCACGAGUGCAAGAACUAUUGCAAUGAUUUUAAGAAGGAAAUUGUUGAAAAAUUUGGACUCUUCGACUGCAAAAAUUUGUGCAUGAAACUAUUUGCGGUUCUUCCAAUCGCAACGAGGAACAAGCGUUUCUUGUUCAUCCAUGGUGGACUUGCAAGUAGUUUGCAGACGAUUGAAGACUUCAACGAGCAAUACGGAAAGACCAGAGUCGUGGACUUGGUAUAG